GAUCGUCAAACGUGAGAUACCUUUACCAUGGUUAGCUGCUCAGUCAGUCUGUUCUACCUACUUACAAUUCACCUAAAUUUGACGAGGUAGUCAAAUUCUUCGUCGUUCGGCUUGAUUUGUAUUUUUAAUAAACAAUAGUGGGAAAUAUUCUUUUAUUGACAAAUUUUUUCGUGUCAAUCUUUUCCUAGAAGCCGAUUUUGGUUGACAAAACAGGAUCCCGAUUCGUGUCCGUUUUGCGUGUAAUAAACAAGAUACAAUUUUGUUUAGAUUUUUAUUAUACCUUAUUUGAUACUACAAGAUGAGUAAAGUAGCCGGAAAGCGUUUGGUGUAUUUUCCUAACAUACCUUUUAUUCUCUACCGAGGUCUGAAUUUGCCGCCAAACUUUGCUGCAUUUCGUGUUCCGUUGAAUGUGAAUAAAUUUGAUGUCCGGGACUAUUUGUUGCAUGUCUAUAACCUCAAAGUCCUUUCUGUGAAAACCAACAUUUAUCAAGGAAAGCUUUACCGGGACGAAUACGGUCGAGUCCGAAGAGAACAAGCUACUAAACGCGCAAUUGUCGAAAUGGAAGAGCCAUUUCUUUAUCCAAAACUUCCAGAAGAUUUGAGAGAGUGGCAAGCUGGUGAUACUUUGCCAGAUGGCACGAGUGCUCAAACUUUGAGCAGAUAUCCCAAGGUUUUGGAAAAACCUGACAUGAAAAGUGUUAAUGAAGAACUGAAUAAGCUAAAGGAUGCGGGAUUCUCUACUUCCCAGCAAAAGAUAUCUCGUCUAUUAAAAAGCAUUCAUUGAAAAAGGUUAUCCUUUGUCACGUCUUCCCCCUUCUCUCCUUUUGCACAACUUAGCAUUUCCUUUAUUCCUUAAUUUUUGAAAUAUACGGCUAAUAAUCAAAGUAGGACUUUUGUCUUUGUAUGUUGCGUCCCCAUCGUAGAAAUAAUUAAGCCAACUGAAC